AAGUUCGGCUGGAGAAUGGCUUUGCAGACCGUGGGGAACCAGACAUCACUGGACACCAUACAGGACUAUUCCUAUGACAACUGGUACAUCGAUGAGCCCCAGGAUGGCCCGGAGCUCCCGCCAGAAUAUUUGGUGCCCCACUGCCUGCCCAGCACACCUCCUGGCCUCCUCCAUGCCUGCCUGGCCCUGCUGUCUGCCCUUGGGCUGUUGCUGCUGGCCAUGCUGGUGAGGCGUCGCCGGCUCUGGCCCCGCUGUGGCCAUGCCAGACCUGGACUGCCCAGCCCUGCAGACUUCUCAGCUGGGAACAAGCCCCACUUGGUGCCCGCUGCUGUCUUUAUGGUCCUCUUCAGCUCCCUUUGCUUGCUGCUCUCUGAAGAGGCCCCACUGCCCUUCCUGAGCCUCAGUGUGUCAUCAGACCCAGAUGAGAUAACCAAGACUUCUAGAGGUCACUGGAAGAUACUGGCCCUGCUCUACUAUCCUCUUCUCUACUACCCCCUGGCCGCCUGUGCCACUGUCCCACACAGAGCUGCACAGUUGCUCGGCACUAUGCUGUCCUGGGCUCACCUUGGGGUGCAGGUGUGGCAGAGAGUAGAGUGCCCCCAGGCACCCCAGAUCUAUAGGUAUUAUUCUCUGCUUGCCUCCUUGCCGAUCCUGCUGGGACUUGGGCUGCUGAGCUUCUGGUACCCGGUGCAGCUGGUGAGAAGCUUCGGACACAAGCCCAGAGCAGGCUGGAAGGGUAUUCCCCAUCUGUCCCUACAGGGUGACCCCUCUGAGGUUUAUCUGAAGACCCUCCUGUGCCGGAAGAAGCAGGAGAACAGCUCACAUAGCACCAAGCAGGGACUCCUCUCCCAGGCCUGGAACUGCCUCCGACAGUUUGUCUACACUCCUCAGCCAGGAUUCCAACUGCCCCUGAAGCUGGUGCUCUCUGCCACCCUGGCAGAGACGGCCAUCUAUCAGGUGGCCCUGCUGCUGCUGGUGGGUGUGGUGCCCACUGUCCGCAAGGUACGGGCAGGCAUCACUACUGAUGUGGCUUUCAUGCUGGCUGGCUUUGGCAUCUCAGUGUCGGAUGACAAGCAGGAGGUGGUGAAACUGGUGAUACACCAUCUGUGGGCACUAGAAGUUUGCUACGUCUUCGCCUUGGUUCUGUCUUGCUCACUCAGCUUCCUGGUGCUGAUUCGCUCACUGGUGGCGCACAGAGACAACUUUCGAGCCCUUUACCGAGGGGCUGCCCUGGACAUGGGCCCCCUGGCCCAGAGCCCCCACCCCUCCCGCCAGGCCAUAUUCUGCUGGAUGAGCUUCAGCGCCUACCAGACUGCUUUUACCUGCCUUGGACUCCUGUUGCAACAAAUCAUCUUCUUCCUGGGGACCUCGGCCUUUGCCUUCCUGGUCUUUAUGCCCGUGCUUCAUGGCAGAAACCUACUGCUCCUCCGUUCCUUGGAGUACUCAUGGCCUUUUUGGCUGACCUUGGCCUUGGCUGUGAUGGUACAGAACCUGGUUGCUCACUGGGGCUUUCUGGACACUCACCACAGAUGUCCAGAGCUGACCAACCGGCGUGCACUCUCUGUUCUCACCUUCCUUUUCUUCCCCAUCAAUGUAUUGGUGGGUGCCACAGUGGCUGUCUGGCGGGUACUCCUGUCUGCUCUCUACAAUGCUGUCCACCUCGGCCAGAUGGACCUCAGUCUGCUGCCCUCCAGAGCUGCCACUCUUGACCCUGGCUACCACACCUACUGCAACUUCUUGAAGAUAGAAGUCAGCCAGUCACAUCCGGCCAUGAUGGCUUUCUGCACCCUGCUCCUUCAAAGAAGGGACCACCAGCCCUCCGCGGGGCCCCAGGACAGCCUCAGACCAGGGCAGGAAGAGGAAGGGAUGCAGUUGCUGCAGACCAAGGACCCUGUGGCCCAGGGUGCAGCCCGCAGAGCCCAGCGUGGCCGGAUCCUCUGGGGCCUGGCCUACACUCUGCUGAACAACCCAGCACUGCAGGCCUGGAGGAAGCCCCGGAUAUCAGGCACCAAGACCCAUGGGGGUGCCCGGCCCUGAGAAGGGUCAGGGCAGAGCUAUGCCUGUUGGAAGCAGCCUGCUGCUCCCACUUGCUGCUCCUACAGCCCUUUGAGCUCCUACAGCCCCCAGUCAACACCAGUUCACCAGAAGCUGCGCAAAGCCAUGGCUGGUGAAGGACUA